UCCUCGCAUCUCCUAAGGUUAAAGAAGUGACUCUUUGUAAUCUGAAAAUCUAGUGUGCAUAAUGGCUCCCAUCCAGAAGUGUUACGGUGUGAAGAUUUCUGCCCCUGGCGUGAGUUCCUGUCGGUGUGGAGGAUCUUCCAAGAGGUCUUGGGACACGUUCCUUCCCAUCACUCGAAGGGGAAGCUUCUUCCAGGAUUCGUUCUUCUCGAAUAUACAUCACGACUUCGACGCCGCCGUUAGGGAGGUUCUGAACCGAUGGAGCGACGAUGACCUCACACUGACGGAUCGCAGGAACGACAGCGACAUCAUGGGGCGUUACAGACAGCUUCGCUCUCGCAAUAUGAAGGAUGAGAAUCAGGCCAUUACAGUGACUUCUGACAGCACGAGUCAUAAGAUUGUGUUAGACAUGCAUGACUUCAUGGGUGGAGAUGUGAAAGUGAAGGUAGUAGGUGAGAAAGAACUGGUAGUGGAAGGACGUAUGGAGAAGGAAGAGGGAAGCUCUUCCAUGUCUGCACAGGCCUUCAGAAGACGAUUUUCCUUACCUCAUCUUACUGACAUGACAGCCAUCACAUCUGUCAUGUCCUCGGAUGGAAUCCUUACAAUCACUGUGCCAAAAGUUGGAGAAGAUGCACAACAGAAAGCCACUGUCAUUCCCGUCCACAUCGAGAAAACUCAGAAUACCUCAAGAACUCAGAACUGGGGAUCUUCUGACACUGCUUCUGCUGAGGCCGACGUAAAGUUCAUGGACGAGGAUCAAAAGGAAUGUGAAUGUACAAGAUAUUCUUUGGAAAGCAGAUGCCAGGCUAAGAAUACAGACAUUCCAGUUAGCAAUGUAUCUCACUCACGGGCUGAGGAAGGAUUUUCUGCCUCAGAACAAAGAAAUUCAUCAGUGUCCACAAAAUCCUCUCAUAUUGAAGAGGGAUCAAAAAUUGGAUCUUGUGGAUCAUGGGACACUUUCCUGCCCAUCACACGUAGAGGAAAUUUCUUCCACGACUCAUUCUUCUCUGAUAUACAUCAAGAUUUCAACUCAGCCAUUAGGGAGGUCCUGGAAAGGUGGAAUGACACAGAUCUGAAGCUGAGAGACCGCUGGGACGGCACCGACUACCUUGACCGCUACAGGCAGCUUCGAUCCCGUGACUUGAAGGAAGAGAAUCAAGCUGUCACCGUCACAUCAGGCAACUCUACCUAUAAGAUUGUGUUGGAUGUACAAGACUUCAUGGGUGGAGACGUGAAGGUGAAGGUGGUGGACGAGAGGGAGUUGUUGGUGGAAGGACGUGUGGAAAAGAAGGAAGAGGGAAGCUUAUCCCUGUCUUCCUAUUCCUUCCGACGCCGUUUCACUCUGCCACAACACACUGACAUGACAGCCAUCACUUCUGUCAUGUCCUCAGAUGGUAUCCUUACGAUCACUGCUCCUGCAAAGAAUGGUAAGGUACAGCAGACCAAAACCAUCCCAGUCACAGUCGAAGGAAAACAGGCAGUUUCACAGGAAAAAACAUCCUCAUCUUCCACAAAGACAAGUGUCACCAAUGAAUCUAACAAGGAAAAGAAAGAAGAAUGUGAAUGCCUUCACUGUUCUGAGAGACAGACAAGCGAAGAGAAAACUUCUCAGAAGCAAAAUGAGCUGAAGAUUCCAAUCAAGAUUAUCGGAUCUGUGACAAACGAAUCUGAAAAGGUUCGAAGCUCCUCUGCACACACAUAUGAAAAUUCUCAAGAGAACAAUAGUCAGAAUCAAGUACAGGAGGAAAAGCAAAGGAAGGCUGAAACCAUCACUUCUAAGGAAUCAAGUGUUGGAACGUCUACUCACCUUAAUAGUGGAAGGCAAUUUGCUGAGAAGAGGGAAUGCGAGUCUCAAGAGAAAUCGUCCCUUAUGGAAACUGCAACUUGCCAUGAAUCUGGAAGCAAGUUCGUCCCUAUUAGAAGAAGAGGACUUUUCUUUAGCGAUUCUGUUUUCCAAGACACCAGGAAUGACUUCCACAAGGCAAUCAAGGAAGUGCUAAAGAACUGGGGAGAGGAAUCGUCUAUCUUCGAUGAUCUCACAUGUUACAGAAAUCUGCGGUCUCGAGAUCUCAGAGAGGAGAAUCAGGCUGUCACAUCACUGGAGGACGAAUCUUACCAUAAGUUUGUAAUCGAUGUUCAUGAUUUUAUGAACGGAGGAGAAAUCAGUGUGAAGGCUGUUAACGAUCGAGAGUUGGUGGUUGAAGGUCACUUGGAGAAGAAGGAAGACGGUUCCAGGUCCAGCAAGCAGUUCCUUCGACGCUUCGUUGUUCCUGGAGACAUUCAGCUGGAGGCUGUUACAUCCGCCAUGUCCUCUGAUGGUGUGCUGACAAUUUCGGCUCCGAAAAAAAAGCCAACGAUUGCAAUCAAAGAAGUCAAAGUACCAAUGAGCAUCGAGGAAAAGGGAAGCAAGAACCAUACAGAGAUCGAAGACAAAAUCAUCAACUCGGAAGGAGGCAGCCAUGAGGCUUCAUCAGCAUUCAGUAUCAGGACUGAAAAUCAGACAAAAUGUGAAGCUCAUAGUGUACGGGAAGCCUCCAUGAAAGCAUCGUCACGGUCCUCAUCCGUCGAUGCUGCUUCAUUUACGUCAAAUGAAAGUCAAACACGCAAACACAUGAUCCCAGUUCAUUAUGAAGUUGCAAAUGAAAGCAACAGCCUCAAGCAACUUGAUGACCAACAUCCAGUUACUGUGAAGGACAAUCAAGUCUGUGAUGAUGCUCGAAAAUCGGAGUGUGAAGCCAAAGUGUCUACUGCUUCCUUUGCAAGUGAACGCAAACGCUCUUCAGAAAGCUCGUAUUUGCCCAUAAUAAGGAAGGGUCUGUUUUCUGACGACCAUUUCUUCGAGAAUGUACGUCAGAACUACAGUCAGGCUGUGAAGGAGGUGCUGGAAAGUGCGAAUGAAUGGUCUUGUGAAAGGGACGCCAUGCAGGUCUACAGAAAUUUACGUCAACGCAAUCUGCAAGUAGAAAAUCAAGCAUUCUCUGUGACUGAGGAUGAACACACACACAAGGUUGUGAUGGACGUACAUGACUUUACUAGCGGAGAUGUGACGGUGUCACUGGUCGGAGGGAGUGAGCUUGUGAUCGAAGGUCAAGCAGAGAAGCAGGAAGGCAGUUGUUCGGCGAGGAAAAGCUUCUGUCGCCGCUUUUUGUUGCCUGAGCUUGUUGAUCGAGACGCCAUCAGCUCUGCGUUGUCCUCCGACGGAAUUCUUAGCGUUAUCUCGACUAAGAAAGAUAAAUCCGACGAGAAGGCAAGCACCAAAGGCUUUUCGAGCGAAACGAGGACCCGGAUGGAGAACAAGACAGACAACGGCCACAGCUGGGAGGAGAGAAAUGUGGCGGAGUCUUCGAAAGAGGCGGACGGUUACAGCGUCCGCACGUUCGCCUCCAGUUCCCGCGCUCACCACCAUCAAUCCUACACGAACCAUUUCUAAAGUCACAGCUUUUCAAAUCAUUACUUUUGUACUUUAGCUAAAUGUAGAUCUUAUUUAUUUUAUUGAUUAUUCGAAGCCAAAUUUGAUAUGUGAUAUGUGUGGUUUUGUGUAAGAAUGAUGUGGUCUUUACCCGUCGACGAAUGGCAAGAGCUAUUUAGAUGCCAGGAAUGAUGAAGCAACAGCGACAUAAGUUACAAUUACCUACCAACAUUCCUUAAAUGUGAAUCUGUUUAUCAUUUUUAGACAACCUGCCAGCCAUAUUUUAUUGAUAAUGUAUAUGACUAAUCCGAUGAGAAAAAGUGAUUUUCACAAUGAUUUCUAAUAAAUAUACAGAGAAUGAA